CUGAAGUUGGAAUUUUGAUCAUCCACAAUAAUGGAAUGCUUUUUCCACUUUUUUUCUUCUCUUUUUUUUUUCUAGUAAUUAACCAUGUAGUAUUAGUUCAUGCAAAAGUAAAAGUAUCACCAAAUAAGCAAUAAACAUGGUUUCAAUAUUUGUUGAACGUAACGUCGCUUAGCUAGUAGUAAGACUUCUCUUUUUGAAUGAUAAGACCUAAAAAAACCUAUCACAUUAAAUUCAAGAUAUAAUGAUUUCACAUAAUAAUUGCAAAUAAAUUCAUGGAAUUUCAUUAGCCCCAAUAAAAUGAAAUGAAUGAAAGGACCAACGGGCUAAGCACACUGGGCCACAACCCGACCCAUCUAGCGACGGUUGAAAUUGGGCAGGGUCGGGUUAAAUUUACCCAAAAAAUCUGCACGGUUGGAUUUCAUCAACGGAUGUGAUUCAUCCGCAUAUAAUUUCCCCAAACAAAUCCACUAAUUAAUUUAUUACUCAAUCCUUCACCGGUGAUCGCCAAAAUCAACCAUCCGCCGCCGCAGCCGUCUCGAUCCCGGAAUUUCUUCGUAAUUCUGCGAAUUCACUACUGUGUAAGUUCCGGACGUCGCCGCCGGGGAGCACAAUUCUCGCGGCGAGCGACUUGUGAAUCCAUCGCUGUUUUACUUCGUUGUUUGUUCCUUGUGUAUUAGCUGAAGCUUCCUAGCUCGAUUCCAUUUGUCAGUCUCUCAUCACUGUCUAUUGCGUCGCUAAUUUUCCAGUUCAAGCCUUUGCAAUUUGAAGGAAGUGCCAUGGAUGUAAAUGAGGGAGAGGAAGUUCAGAACCAUGAGAAUGAUGCAGAUGUCAGAAUGUCAAAUAAUUUGGACUUGAAUGUGGAGCAUGAUUGUCGUAGCCCAAAAUCAUCCAAUGUCAAAGGAGUUCGUUCUCGUCGUUCUUUGAAACAUGAUGUACUAAAACUGGGCACUGAGUUUGAUUCUGAUGAGCAAGCAUAUAGAUUUUAUCAUAAGUAUGCUGAGUUGGUUGGGUUCAGUGUAAGAAAAGACUGGGUCAAUAGGAGCAAAGUCCAUGGACGGGUGAUGUCAAGAAAGUUUACCUGUUCCAGACAAGGUCACCGGAAGAAAGACAAGAGAGAUAUUAAUGUGAAGAAACAUCGCAAGGAAACAAGAACAGGUUGUUUGGCUUACAUGGUAGUAACUCGGCAAACUGAUGGAAAAUACAUUGUUACUCAGUUUGAAGCAGAGCACAAUCACGAGGAUGUGAAUCUGACUAAAGCUGAGAGGUUACUGGAAUCCGCAUCAGGUAAAGAGGACUGUACUGAGGUUCCUGAAACUGAAUCAUUGAAGAACUCAGAGAUUCAAUUAAAGCUGUCCUUUCAGAUGUUAGGUAUACGGUUUUGCCCUCCAGAAAAUUUCGAUGACCUUCAGAUAGAAGAUGAUGUUUUCUUGAGCUCCAGGCGGACAAGAGAUAUGAAAGAAGGAGAUGCUGCACGCUUGAUGUAUUAUUUCCAGAGACAGCAUUUUGUAAACCCUUCAUUCUUUUACUCAUUACAACUCGACAUUGAUGAUAAAGUUAGCAAUAUAUUUUGGGCUGAUGACAAUAUGAUCACGGAGUAUGGUCAUUUUGGGGAUGUUGUAUGUCUAGAUACAUCGUGCACAAGAAACAAAAGUUUUCGUCCUCUUGUUCAGUUUGUUGGACUAAAUAAUCAUAGGCAAGUUGUAAUUUUUGGUGCUGCCUUCUUAUAUGAUGACAGUGUUGACUCCUUCAAGUGGCUUGUUCAAACUUUUGUGCAAGCGAUGUCUGGUAAGAAACCUAAGUUCAUUCUGUCAGAUCAGGAUGCAACGGUUGUUCAAGCUAUUCAUGCAGUUUUACCAGAGACAAGCCACUGUAUCUGUGCCUGGCAGAUGUAUCUGAUUGCCCUUAAACAUCUUCGCCAUGUGGUUAAGGAAUAUGAUUCUUUUUUGAUUGAUCUUAGAAGCUGUAUCUUUGGUCAUUGGCAGGAGGAAGAUUUCAUCCAAGCAUGGGACUCUAUGUUGGAGAGACAUUGCUUGAGUAAUAAUGCAUGGUUGAGAUGGAUGUAUAGAGAGAAAGAGAAAUGGGCUGUAGCAUAUGAUAGAAAUACUUUCUUCGUUGAGAGAAAUGGCACACAUCUGGUGGAGCUUUUGUCUGAUAAACUCAGAAGCUGCUUAGGGCCGGAUAUUGACGUUCUUCAGUUUUUCAAACACUUCAAGAAUGUGGUCAAUGAACAAAGGUACAGAGAACUAGAAUCAACCCUUGACAUGGGAAGACAUGCUCCAGUUUUAAUGGCUAAUGCCAUCUUACUUAAGCAUCCUAGUGAGACUUAUACACCGAAGGCUUUUGAAGUAUUUCAGAGAGAAUAUGAGAAAUGUUUAAAUGUCAUUAUUGAUAAGUGCGGUGAGCGUGGUACAAGAACUGAUUACAAAGCCAAAACAUAUGGAAAGUCCAGAGACUUCUUGGUCGCAUAUAAUUCUUUUGAUGGCACUGUUUCUUGCAACUGCAUGAAGUUUGAGCAUGUUGGGUUUUUGUGCAGCCAUGCUCUAAAAGUCCUUGAUCAUCAAAAUAUAAAGGUUGUUCCGCAUUAUUAUAUCUUAAAGAGAUGGGCAAAAGAUGCAAGGAUUUUGCCAAUUGGAGAAAGUCAUAUCUGUGUAGGUGAUGACAACAGAAAGAUUAUUGCCACUCGUUACAAAGACCUCUGUCGUAAUAUAAUGCAAAUAUCUGCCAGGGCUGCUGAAUCUGACCCAGCUUUUGAAUAUGCUUCAAGGAAAAUUGAUGAAGUCUCGCGAGGAAUCGAAAGAAUCCUGAAUUUUAAAACUUUUGACGAAGCUAAAGGUCCUUGUGCUUCAGACAAUGGACUAGCUGGUGUUGGUCUUGAUAGAAAUGACUUUGAGAAUCAGGAUGUUGAUGUGAUGAAAGGAACCACUGAAGCAGAAAGUAUAGUACCUGAUAAAGAUCAACUGAAUCACUGUGGUGAACAAAUCCCUGGUGUGAGUGGCAGUAUAAAUAUUCGCCCUUCUCCACCUGAAACACUUCUAUCCGUAACUUGUGCUCCUCCCACAUAUAUUUCUCCUCCAAUUCCUGCGCCUUCACUGAGUCCACUUACACAGGGCUUAUACACCAUUGAAUCCAGUCAUAUGGUGCAGAAUAUGUAUCAAGCAUCUAAUUUAACCAUUAACCAGCAAGUCAACCCUAACAUGUACGAACCUUCAAGUUUUUUCACUGGCCAACAUCAUUCUCCCAGUCAUGCUCAACUCCUUCAAGAGUCAUUGAUUCAUAGCCAGUUUCAGGAUCCUGUGUCAAAUGGUAAUCAAUUGAAGCAGGUAAUGGAUGACAGCCAGCACCUACAUCCAUCUUCAUUCAUGCAUUAUAAUCAUAGAUACAGAGCUGCUGGUGUUUAGGAUAUAUAUUGGGAAGUAUGCCAUAGCAGGAUCCAGUGUAUUGUUAUGUACAUAGUUUAGUAUUCCGUACUGAUACUUGAGAUCAAGCCAGUCUUCCCCUAGUGAGGCAUGGGCCCCGAAACAAGAUACUGCUAAGAAGAGUCCGAGAAGGAAAGGCCUUAUCAAGGAGCUCGCCUCUACUAACUCCUGGAGUAGAUUGACUAAGCGGAUAUGGGGAAGACACCGAACCUCAAUGCUGAUUUAACUUAUCUGAUGGUGUUUUCCCACUGUCCACGCCGUUGUACAAUUGAUGACGGCUGCAAAUACUAAAUUGCACUUGAAUCAUAUCCUCCUUUUAUAACAUGGGGGGGUGUUUGUUUUGUUGUGUUUAAGGAUUGUUGUGAGAGGAAAAGGAAGAUUUGGGUUGGUGGUGCAGUAGUAAUUCAUCAUUUGAGAAGGUGGGGGCCCAUGGAUUACUAGGAAUUGUGGCUCUUGUUAGCUCUACCCAUUUGGAUCAUCAUGUCUUCUGUUUCGUGUGAAUUGCUACCUGUUUUAAGUGUGGACGAUGAUCAUUUUGAGCACCAAUUACUUGAUUCUUUCAUUUUGAGCA